UUUCUACGACGUUCCGCUUCCGGUCUUCUGAAAGCUCCUCCCCGGUCUCGGGAAGGACCGGAUAGAAAAUUAUUGUGGACUGAGGCAGGGAUGGAUUGUGUGACCAGGGAGAAUACGGAAUUUUCUUAAACUGUCUUAGGAAAGCUUGUGAAAUCUCAGAGUCAAAUCUUUGCUAAAAGCAAAGGGGAAAGCGGUACAGACGGGACGGAGUGUCGCAAGUUUGUCCGGAGAACUACUGCUACUACUUUUUUCUGUUCAUUGGUGUUAGUGUGUAGAUGUGUGACAGCGGAGUGUGUGAGGACAAGCCCCCCGCCCCCCCUGUCAGGAUGAGCAGCCAAGGAGGAGGAACCAAAGACUCCCAGUCAGCCAAUCACAACUCUCGGCCGCUGCCGUCUGUACCGGAGGAGAAGAAGUCCAGAAACAAGAUCAUCUCUAUGUUUGCCUCUGAGAAAGGGGGCAGGAAGAAGGACAAAGACAAGGACAGGCCUGAGAUCUCCUCCCCUUCAGACUUUGAACACACCAUCCAUGUUGGUUUUGACGCUGUCACUGGAGAGUUCACGGGCAUGCCGGAGCAGUGGGCCCGUCUCCUGCAGACCUCCAACAUCAGCAAAUCAGAACAGAAACAGAAUCCUCAGGCCGUCCUCGAUAUUCUGAAAUUCUACGACUCCACCAGUGAGAAACAGAAAUACCUCGGCGUUUCAUCAGAUAAAGAUUCACCAACCGUCAAGCCAGGUACAGGGACUUCCCCACUGGGUGGGAAGGAUGGAGACGAUGAUGAUGACGAUGAUGCACCGCCGCCAAUCGUGGCACCGCGGCCCGAGCACACGAAAUCGGUGUACACAAGGUCAGUGAUAGAUCCGAUCCCAGUUCCAGAUGGAGACGCAACCUCUAAGGCGGCUGACAAACACAAGAAAAAAGGAGGCAAGAUGACUGAUGAGGAGAUCAUGGAGAAACUAAGAACUAUUGUCAGUAUUGGAGAUCCAAAGAAGAAAUACACUCGCUAUGACAAGAUCGGCCAGGGGGCGUCUGGAACAGUUUACACAGCAAUAGAUGUUGCCACAGGACAAGAGGUUGCCAUCAAACAGAUCAACUUGCAGAAGCAGCCGAAGAAAGAGCUUAUUAUUAAUGAGAUCCUCGUCAUGAAGGAGCUGAAGAACCCGAAUAUUGUCAACUUUGUAGAUAGUUUCCUGGUAGGAGACGAGCUUUUCGUGGUCAUGGAGUAUCUGGCUGGCGGAUCCUUGACCGAUGUCGUGACGGAGACGUGCAUGGACGAGGCUCAGAUCGCUGCGGUCUGCAGAGAGGUGCUGCAGGCUCUGGAGUUUCUUCACGCCAACCAGGUCAUCCACAGAGACAUCAAGAGCGACAACGUUCUGCUUGGGAUGGAUGGAUCAGUCAAGCUCACUGACUUCGGCUUCUGUGCCCAGAUCACCCCAGAGCAGAGCAAGCGCAGCACGAUGGUCGGGACCCCGUACUGGAUGGCUCCAGAGGUGGUGACAAGGAAAGCUUACGGUCCUAAAGUGGACAUUUGGUCUUUAGGAAUCAUGGCCAUAGAGAUGGUGGAGGGGGAGCCUCCAUAUCUUAAUGAGAACCCUCUCAGGGCAUUAUAUUUAAUUGCCACCAAUGGGACGCCUGAGCUGCAGAGUCCAGAGAAGCUGUCGCCUGUCUUCAGGAACUUCCUGUCACGCUGCCUGGAGAUGGACGUAGAGAAACGAGGAUCGGGCAGAGAACUGCUGCAGCACCCAUUCCUGAAGCUAGCGAAGCCUCUUUCCAGCCUCACCCCGCUCAUCCUGGCAGCCAAGGAGGCCAUGAGGAGCAACCGCUAAAGCACACUCCUCAAGGACUUUAAGAGCUGAAGCCAACAACACACAAACCAGCCGUACCAGCAAGCCUCUUCUAUUGGUCUAUUAAAGAAGAACAUCAGCAACCUGCCAGGACCGCCAAAUCUUUCUCCACUCUUUCCAGUGUUUUUGUACUGAUGCCAGAUUUAUUUUUACCUUUGUGCCUUUUUCUCAACCUUGAAACAGCCAUGAUGUGUUUUCUAUUUGCAGCAACCAAACCACACUGAAACCGGACACAUCAUGUAAUCUCUAUCAGUGAACGCAAGUCAGUAUGAGAGCAAAGGACCAGUUGAAUUAGGGGGGUAUUUUAGAUGUUUUAUGAACUGUGAUACAUGUGUUAAUUGUUACAGUUAUUUACCUCAAAAUUUGAUUACAUCUCCAAUUAUGAUUUUAUCUUUCUGUGACUAAAUCCCCUUUUCCAGACAACUUUCUGGCAGCAGCUUGGGGCAACAAAUUUCCCAUCAGUGACCUGACUCAGGCUCCUUAAACCAAAGUUAUCAAACUAUAUCCAGGAACUUUUACAAGCCAUACAACAACCCUAAACACAGCAAAGUCUGCCUAAAGUGUGGUUUCUAAUACUAUGUUGUAUUGUCUUUAGCUGUACCUAUUGCAUUUCAAGCCUUUCUGUCUAUGUGAGCACAAAUAAUGUAUGAUGAUGUCUAAAUGUGCUUAACUGGAGCAUGUCUUUGCAUUUUUUGUAUAUUAUGUAUUGGUGAUGUUCUGUAUUUUUAACGGCUUUUAAAGAGUAUGUAAAUCAUUUUUAAAUGUGUAACUAACAGGACAGAAAGAGAAUAUUUUUUUCACUUUUAUAUUGAAUCAAUUUUUCUCAUAUAUAUAUAUAAAUCAAUAGUCACAGCUGUGAUUCUGGAGUAUUUUGGACUGAUAAUUUUUUGUCAAGCACCAGAGUAGAUUGGUUUUUACUUCUUAAAAAGCAUAUUAGAUGAUCAUUUCAGGCUGUUCAAAUGUCUUUAUUUAUGCAGUAAAACCCACUGGAAUGGUGCUUAAUAUAUGUAUUGGUUUUUCAACAGAUUAAGUAUUCAAGUUUUUCAUCUAAUCUGAAUGAUUGCAGACUUUUGAAUUAGUUUUCUGUUCAUCACCAACAUCUUCCAGUGUUUAAUAAAUUCCAUAAGGUAUGUAAAUUAUUAAUAAAGUUGGACUGAAACUGC